AACCAAGAUGAUGACUACAACCAAUACGAAUGGAGAUUCUUCGAAUCAACAUUUGACUUGUGCAGAUGAGGAUAAUUUGAUAUCAAAUUUCUCCAUAGCCGAGACAUCAGUUCCCAUUAAGCGCCGGAAAUUCUUUAAUCGUCAAUCACUUUUGGUCUCACUCGUUGUAAUUGCAUUUCUUUUCACUCUCCAAAUUGAUCUGAUUCGCGGGGCAUUUGAGGAUGUCAAUAAUAGCAAGGUGAAAAUUGCCAAACGUAGUUUGGAAUUGACCCAAACCAUUAAUUUGCAGCGCCAGGAAUAUUUACAAAAACAAUGUGAUUCGUUGGGUUAUAGCCAACAGGAUAUCAAUGAUUUAACCGAGGAACAAAUGGAGCACAUGAUUGUGGAUAAGGAUUUGAAAUUUUUGUACUGCUAUGUACCAAAGUUGCCACAAGAUCAACCGACUAUUGCACAGUUAAAGAAAGCUAUUGCUGCACAAGCAAACAUUCAACUAAAAAGAGAGUUAAGAGAGCGACAUGAAGAGCGCAUACGAAGAAGAACACAAAAUGUGCUCCAACACGCAACCGGGAGCAACAGCACCUCCUCUCCAUACCCCGGUGGGUCUCAAUUGUGGGGAAAAGACGACAACAACUACACACCAGCCCACACUGAGAGCAGCGAUAACAACAAAGAGAAAUGUCAAGAGCAAGACAACGUUACAAGAAAAACAACUCGAGAAACAAUGGCAGAGCUGAAGUCCAAACCGUCCAUUCGCUUGACUGGCGAAUUAGUUUGUUCUGCGGCACACAACGGUCAUCAACAUAGGCCGUGCGUUAGCUGGCGUUACCUAUGGCGAGCAUACGCUUUAUUCGAUCCCGCCAACAAAACAUUGAUAAAUGACGAAAACGGUCGCAAGUUGUUAAGUGAGUGUGGCAUCGAGAAUGCACAGACUCUAAGGUUUACCAAACGUGAAAAGUAUUUGGGCAAAAAGAGGCAAUAAAAAAAGCAGGCUGACCACCACCAUAUGGUUAUUGGGUCAGCAGCAAGUGUUUGAAGAAAAAUAAUUAAGUGUUGAUAUUGAAAUUAUCGCAAAAAGAGAAAUAAAAAAUAAAGCAUUCGAAUUAAAAAGCUAUUAUAAUUUACCAAAUGAUUUUAAAAGGAAUCCAACCACAACCAUCAAAGUCCAAGAAACAUUCCAUGUGCCAAUUAAUUGCAAUCAAGACCAGAGUUAAAAAAAGAAAA